AAGAGCAUCCAGGCAUGGAGCUCCCCCUCGUCCCUCACCUGUCCUUGUCCCUGAUGCUCCUGACAGGUCUCUGCUCCUCCUUUAACUUGGAUGUGCAUCACCCACGCCUAUUCCCAGGGCCACCUGAGGCUGAAUUUGGAUACAGUGUCUUACAACAUGUUGGGGGUGGAGGACGAUGGAUGCUGGUGGGCGCCCCCUGGGAUGGGCCUUCAGGCGACCGGAGAGGGGAUGUUUAUCGCUGCCCUGUUGGGGGACCCCCCAAUGUCCCAUGUGCUAAAAGCCACUUGGGUGACUAUCCACUGGGAAAUUCAUCUCAUCCUGCUGUGAAUAUGCACCUGGGGAUGUCUCUACUAGAGACCGGUGGUGAUGGGGGAUUCAUGGCUUGUGCCCCUCUCUGGUCUCGUGCUUGUGGCUCCUCUGUCUUCAGUUCUGGGAUAUGUGCCCAUGUCGAUGCUUCGUUCCAGCCCCAGGGAAGCCUGGCACCCACAGCCCAACGCUGCCCCACAUACAUGGAUGUUGUCAUUGUCUUGGAUGGCUCCAAUAGCAUCUACCCUUGGUUUGAGGUUCAGACUUUUCUACGAAGAUUGGUCAGCAGACUGUUUAUUGACCCAGAGCAGAUACAGGUUGGACUGGUACAGUAUGGGGAGAGCCCUGUACAUGAGUGGUCCUUGGGAGAUUUCCGAACUAAGGAAGAAGUGGUGAGAGCAGCAAGGAACCUGAGUCGGCGGGAGGGACGAGAAACAAAGACAGCCCAAGCAAUAAUGGUGGCCUGCACAGAAGGAUUCAGUCAGUCCCGUGGGGGUCGACCAGAGGCAGCGAGGCUGCUGGUGGUCGUCACUGAUGGAGAAUCACAUGAUGGGGAGGAGCUUCCCACAGCACUGAAAGCCUGUGAGGCUGGAAGAGUGACACGCUAUGGGAUUGCGGUGCUCGGUCACUACCUCCGGCGGCAGCGAGACCCCAGCUCUUUCCUGCAGGAAAUCCGAACUAUCGCUAGUGAUCCAGAUGAGCGAUUCUUUUUCAAUGUCACAGAUGAGGCUGCACUCACGGACAUCGUGGAUGCCCUGGGAGACCGGAUUUUUGGCCUUGAGGGGUCCCAUGGAGAAAAUGAAAGCUCCUUUGGGCUGGAAAUGUCUCAGAUUGGUUUCUCCACUCAUCGGAUGCAGGAUGGGAUUCUCUUUGGGAUGGUAGGGGCCUAUGACUGGGGGGGCUCAGUGCUAUGGCUUAAAGAAGGUCACCGCCUUUUCCCCCCACGAACGGCCCUGGAAGAUGAAUUCCCCUCUGCAUUGCAGAACCAUGCAGCCUACCUGGGUUACUCCGUUUCCUCCAUGCUUUUGCAAGGUGGACGGCGCCUAUUUCUCUCAGGGGCUCCUCGAUUUAAACAUCGAGGAAAGGUCAUCGCUUUCCAGCUUAAGAAAGAUGGGGCUGUGAAGGUGGCCCAGAGCCUCCAGGGGGAGCAGAUUGGUUCAUACUUUGGCAGUGAGCUCUGCCCAUUGGAUACAGAUGGAGAUGGAACCACUGAUGUCUUACUUGUUGCUGCCCCUAUGUUCCUUGGACCCCUGAACAAGGAGAUGGGACGUGUUUAUGUGUAUCUGGUGGGUCAGCAGCCCUUACUGGUGCUCCAGGGAACACUUCAGCCAGACCCUCCUCAGGAUGCUCGCUUUGGCUUUGCCAUGGGUGCCCUCCCUGAUCUGAACCAAGAUGGCUUCGAUGAUGUGGCUGUGGGGGCACCCCUGGAGGAUGGGCAUCAUGGUGCACUGUACCUGUAUCAUGGGACCCAGAGUGGAAUCAAGUCCCGUCCUGCACAGCGGAUUGCUGCUAUCUCCAUGCCCCAGGCCCUCAGCUACUUUGGCCGAAGUGUGGAUGGUCGGCUAGAUCUGGAUGGAGAUGAUUUGGUAGACGUCGCUGUGGGUGCCCAGGGGGCAGCCAUCCUACUCAGCUCCCGGCCUAUUGUCCGCUUGACCCCUUCGCUGAAUGUGACCCCACCAGCCAUCAGUGUGGUUCAGCGGGGCUGCAGGCGGCGAGGCCAGGAGGCAGCCUGCCUGACAGCAGUUCUUUGCUUCCAAGUGACCUCCCGCACUCCUGGCCGCUGGGAUCGCAGAUUCUAUUUGCGGUUCACAGCAUCACUGGAUGAGUGGAUGGCUGGGGCACGUGCAGCGUUUGAUGGCUCUGGCCAGAGGCUGUCCCCUAGGUGGCUCUGGCUCAGUGUGGGGAAUGUCACUUGUCAGCAGCUGCACUUCCAUGUCCUGGAUGCAUCAGAUUAUCUCCGACCAGUAGCCUUGUCUGUGACCUUUGCCUUGGACAACACCACCAAGCCAGGGCCUGUGCUGGAUGAGGGCUCACCUACCUCCAUACAAAAGCUGGUCCCCUUUUCGAAGGAUUGUGGCCCUGACAAUGAAUGUGUCACAGACCUGGUACUUCGAGCUAAUAUGGACAUCAGAGGCUCCAGGAAGGCCCCAUUCGUGGUUCGAGGUGGCCGACGGAAAGUGCUAGUAUCAGCAACUCUGGAGAACAGGAAAGAAAAUGCCUAUAACACUAGCCUGAGUCUCAGUUUUUCUAGAAACCUCCACCUGGCCAGCCUCACUUCUCAGAGGGACAGCCCAGUGAAGGUGGAAUGUGCAGCCCCUUCCUCUCAUGCCCGGCUUUGCAGUGUGGGGUACCCUGUCUUCCAGACGGGGGCCAAGGUGACCUUUCUGCUAGAGUUUGAAUUCAGCUGUUCUGCUCUCCUGAGCCAGGUCCUCAUAAGACUGAUUGCCACCAGCAAUAGCCUGGAGACAACUGGAACCCUUCAAGAUAAUACAGCCCAGGCCUCAGCCUACAUCCAAUAUGAGCCUCACCUCCUGUUCUCUAGUGAGUCCACCCUGCACCGCUAUGAGGUUCACCCAUACGGGACCCUCCCAGUGGGUCCUGGCCCUGAAUUCAAAACCACUCUUAGGGUGCAGAACCUUGGCUGCUAUGUGGUCAGUGGCCUCAUCAUCUCAGCUCUUCUUCCAGCUGUGGCACAUGGAGGCAAUUACUUCCUGUCAUUGUCUCAAGUCAUCACCCACAAUGCAAGCUGCACGGUGCAGAACUUGACCAAGCCCCCGGGAGCCCCUGUGCGCCCAGAGGAGCUUCAGCACAUAAGUAGACUGAAUGAGAGCAAUACCCGGUGCCAGGUCGUGAGGUGCCACUUUGGACGGCUGGCAAAGGGAACCGAGGUCUCUGUUGGACUACUGAGGCUGGUUCACAAUGAAUUUUUCCGAAGAGCCAAGUUCAAGUCUCUGACAGUGGUCAGCACCUUUGAGAUGGGAACUGAGGAAGGCAGUGUCCUACAACUGACUGAAGCCUCCCGUUGGAGCGAGAGCCUCCUGGAGGUGAUUCAGACACACCCUGUCCUUAUCUCCCUGUGGAUCCUCAUUGGCAGUGUCCUGGGAGGUCUGCUUCUGCUUGCCCUCCUUGUCUUCUGCCUUUGGAAGCUUGGCUUCUUUGCCCGUAAGAAAAUCCCUGAGGAAGAGAAAAAAGAAGAGAAAUUGGAGCAAUGAAUGUAGAAGAAGGUUCUAGAAAGCCCUCAUUGGCAGCUUCUCCAAAAGAUUUUCAUAAGAGUGCAGGUUUGGGGGCCCAGAUGGGACAGGAAAGAGCUUCUGGUCCCUCUUGCCAAACCUGCUGCAUGGCCUGACUUUUCAGUCAUGGAGAUGCUGUUGGCAGGAGAUGGGACUUUACCUCAGCCAAUAAGGGCUGGCACCAAAACUACUAGCACUCCCACCCAGUGUUUCCCUCCUCCUUAUGAUCCUGGUUCCAUAGCCAACAUUGAGGCCUUUGUCUGGAGCCUUGUUUUCUCCCAUCCCCUGAGAAUGAAGAAGUUUU